AUGGCCGAUUCAGGCUCUGUUGAAAUAAGGUUAGAUGUGGCUGCAACAAAUCAGCAGUCCAGUGCGUUUAGCAGCAAAGUGACGAGUGAGCUAAUGGAAAUGCAAUUACGUAAUGAUAUGGCAUUUCUUCGCGGCAACAAGAUGCCUAAUCUGAUGGAUAAGCUGGGCAGUUCAUCAGUUGAUGAUGUACAAUCUUGUGGCAAUGAAAAGAUGCGGGAACUGAUGAAAAAGCAAUUCAGUUCAUCAGUUAAUGAUAUGCCAUUUUGUGACAAUAUGGUACAUAUCAUGUAUUAUGAGUUGCACCAGGCGGCUUGUGAAAAAAAUGCAGAUGCAGAUAGAUUUGUUUAUGUACUGGAGCAAGUGUGUGAGAAAAAUCAUGUUGACUUGGCCACCAUUUUCAAUCAUGUCACUCCCAUAGGUGACUCGUUGCUUCAUGUUGCAGCUGAACAUGGGAGUGAACAAGUUUUAUGUCUCAUUGCUUUUCACUAUCCUAAGCUUUUGUACAGGACAAAUAUGAAAGGUGAUACUCCGCUUCAUGUUGCUGCCAAAGCCAAGAAUCUUGUCGCGAUUAAGAACAUUCUCGACAUGGAUAAGCAUUUCACGACGUCUGAAGAGGAGGCUGAAUCUAUGGACAAAGUGGACUUUAUUAUGUUACGCAACAAUUAUGGGAGGACAGCUUUGCACGAAGCCGUUUUGAGCAAGGAUUAUUCUGUGGUCCUCUUCCUUUUAGUUGCACAUAAGCGAAGUAAUCAGGCCACCUAUUGGACCUGGAACUAUUAUUAUGAUUGUAAAUCGCCAAUGUAUUUAGCAGUUCUCAUAAGGGAUGAGGAUAUUCUCUAUCUUCUCUUGAGGUUAAUUCCAAUCCCCUCAGGGAAAGCCAUGUCAAAUGGCGACUCUCCACUUCAUGCUGCAAUAUUAGAACGAACUAAAGAUCUAUUGAAAAAGAUUGUUGGUACGAGAAAAGAGCUAUUGUAUCAAAGAGAUGAGAACAACAACACUCCCCUUCAUCAUGCAGCGUACUUUGGUUACGUGGAAGGAGUUUGUAUAAUGCUAAAAACAUCUCCCAUGAUUGCUUUUCAACGAAACUCAGAUGGCAAUCUUCCAAUUCACCUUGCCUGUGACAAGUGCAGAGUUGAAGUCAUCAAAAAGUUGCUUGAAAUAGAGUGGUCUAAUGCUGGACUUUUCUUGAAUCAUAAAGGUCAAAACAUUCUUCACAUUGCAGCAAUGAAGGGACGAAUUUGCGUGACAAAAUAUCUACUGAAGCACCCCAAGAUUCAUCAUGACACUAUCAAUGAGAGAGAUUUUCUAGCAAAUGUAAUUUUAUAUAAUGCUGGUGUAGACCUGAAGGCAAAUAUGCUAAGCGUGCCACUAACAACAUCCACCAACAAAGAGUGGAAUGUAAAGGAUGCAGCCAACACACUCAUACUUGUGGCCAUACUGAUAGCUACAGUGACAUUUGCAGCUGGUUUCACAGUACCAGGUGGGUUUUACUCAUCGGAUGGCCCAAUCCCAAAACAAAAGGGUAUGGCACUUUUGGCCGAUCAAACACUAUUCAAGAUAUUCAUGGCUUUUAACACUAUUGCUAUGUAUAGCUCCACCAUUGGCUCUAUCAUUCUUCUAUGGGUCCCAGUUGGAGAUCUUCGUUUUGCAACACGAGCAUAUGCGAAUGCUACGAUCUUUGUUUCUGUGGCCCUUAUGGCAAUGCCCGUUGCGUUUCUAGCUGUUAUACGCUUGAUCGUGAGCAAUAACAUUAUAGUUGCACACGCUAUAAGUAUCAUUGGAUUCAUCUCCGUUUCCGCAAAGCCAACCAAGUCGAUCAAGAUGAUGCCAAGAAUCAAAUCAACUGAUCAUCAUACAUUCCCAGGUCCUGAGAUUGAGGAAGAUCGAGAAGGGAUUGGUUAA